UCCCAUUCGUCUGUGGUAAUGUUUAACAGGCUGGUUUUGGGUGAUAUGGUAGCUACAGUACACAACCGUCACACAAGAGGGAAUAUCAAAAGCAUCAUCAAUAGCGUUCCUCCUCUCACAGCCUGUGGUGCAGUACCUGUCAGAAAUCCUCACACUGAGCUUGGAACAAUGGCUUGACUGUUCUCUGGAAAGUAUGGACAACCUCAUCCCCUUGAUACUGCUGGCCUGUGUGACUCAGGUGUUGAAUUCCCAGAUGCAGCUGAAUCCCAGAAGCAUCACUUUGCUGCGAGGUGACACGGCCCGACUGAUCUGCAGCACAGCUGAGCCCUGGCAGGUGAUGGUGUGGCUCCUCAACGGUGGCUCUGUGUUGACCAUCUCAGCCCAGUACGGUAUUCUCUCAAACAACCCCAAUGUGAACGCCAUUAACUGCUCCACCAAUCAGCUCUCCAGCUGGGAAUUGACACUGAAUAGAGUCCAGCGCAGCUACCAGGGGCAGGUGACCUGUGACCUCCAAAACAUCCAGAGGCAAACUGCCGAUCUGUUUGUUCAAGAGAGGGGUAAUGUGGCCAUCACAGGGGGGAACGUGACUGUGCUGAAGGGGGAAGAGAUCCUGUUCCAGUGCCUGGCUGUAGGCUGGUACCCAGUGCCUAGUCUGACUUGGCUUGUGAAUGGCAGAGAGGUGGACCAGAGUCAGUACAACAUCAGCACUGAAGGGCCUGUUGAUGUGGAUGGGCUCUACAACCUGACCAGUAACCUCAGCGUCCAGGCAGCAGAGAGCUCUCAUGUGGAGUGCCUAGCCUCUGUCUCUGCCCUCCCCACGCCCCAGGCCAGCAGUGUACGUCUCACUGUGGUUGCAGAGGUGGGUGUGGAGAAUGUAUGUGACGACUGCGCUGUUCUAAUGGCAGUAACAGCCUCCGUGUCUGCCGUGCUCCUGCUCCUGCUGCUAAGCAUCUGCAUUGUCCUCUGUUACAUACGGAGGAGAAGAGCAAAAUCAAGCCUACCGGAGGCAAUAAGGAUAGACGAAUCAAAAAGCGGGAGAAGCUCCGUUGCCGAGGAGACCGGGGGGGAGGUCAACCUGGGAUACACCACAGAGGGCCACUCAGACGCUGGCCGCAGUGACCUCAUCGUCACUGGGGAAACCCACAGCCAGAUGAACUCCAUCAGCGCUCACAAGAUCCCAGAUGUUGUCUCUUCCAGUAACUUCUCGCCAACCACCAGAGAGAGUACUGCCCCAACUGACCACUGUCAUGGCUCCAAGACAGUCAGACGAAUGACUACAGUGUGAUCGUCGUAUGGGAUCCAAACAAGAUAUGCUGGAUUUUUACUGUUACAUUAGUGUAACAUUGCCGAUUAUUCUACACAACAUGCUUUUCAUUAAAUGUAUCACACUUUAUUGUACAUACUGUAGGUAUAUUCACUUGAUGUACACUUUUUAAAAAUAUUUUGUAUUGUCACUGCAUAUUGAGGAUACCUAAUCCCAUGGAAUGAACUCUCAACACAUUGUUUGCGGGGUUUUGUGUUCACACAGUUUUUGGGAUCACACAGACCAAGACAUCAGAUGACUGACUCUCUCAUACAUUUUUGUUCUCACUCACAUAUUCUUCCCAGGUUUUAGGAGGAGUUGUUCUCUCUUUCUGACUGAAAACAACAGAUUAAUCUUAUAAAGUGCACACUGUGAUUUAUGAUUUGACUGUGUAAGAUUCUUAGUUUGCUGUAUAAUAGUUAUAGUCAGAUUGUGCAGGAUGUAUAGUGUUGUUUAAAAUGAAGCUAGCUGCGCACAGCGCUGUUGUCCUCAUUUGGGUAUCAAAUCAACUGUGGUAUAUUAGUGAUAUGGAUUAAGAAACACAAUAGCCUGGACCCCACUGAGUCAUGGGUUCAUCGUUGAUAUCUGUGUAAGCCUAUGUUAAUCCUCCUGUCAACAGUUACAUGGCCAACUCACCAUCCUCACAAUGCUCAGCUAGGUUUCACAUUUUCAUAGGUGACAGGGUUCGGAAAAGAUAAAGCAUGGGACAAUUUUCGGUGAUAUAGUGGCAUGGUUUCAAGACCUCCUUGUAAGUAGAUGUUAACCCGGCAGUUACAUGGGUCUGUAUUGACCAAUCAUCACAAUGGUCAAUGAUAAGGCCUGGGAAGUGAGUGACAGCAGGUGUUCUAGUGGCAUUUUCCUCCAGUUGAGGUGUUAUAGGAUAGGGAUACCUUCCUGUGUUCAUUGAUGAAUGAUGCCAACAUUAAUAAUGUAUGCUAUCCCUUCCUGUGAAAAUGGAUACAAGUGACUUUCAACAAAAUGGAAGACAAAAAUGGCUUUUUAUUACGUGAGAUAUGUAAACUUUUUCUUCAAAAGCUGCCUAUGAUAUAAAAAUAAAGCAUGUUCUAUGUUA